UCCUUUCUGAUGACGCUCUAGGCCACGUUAAUAUAUCGAACCGGAUCUAAAAUUACUUGCCAGGAUGGCUGGGGAAGGGUCCGGCAGAAGUAAUAUAAGGAGCGCAAACUUCCUGUCGUUUGGCUUGCUGAUCCACAGCAAUCCCCUUGCUCUUCUUGCCGAGAACUACGAACUCUACCUUUUACUACUGCUGCCCCUUCCGCUCCCUGCAACAUGAAGCUGUUCUUCUUCCUAACUCUCCUCUUUGGCCUCGCUGUCGCACUCGAGCUCUCCGAGGUCGAGAAACGGCAAGACAGCCCUAGGACACAACGGAGGGCUUCCCGGCCGCAGAAGACCAGUGAAAUUUCCCCCUUGACAGCGGCAAAUAAGCCCAACGGAGCGCCCGCCGAAUAUGAGGUUGGCACCGCCUACGUGGCGCACAAGCGUUCUACGUCUGAGCUCAGGGAAGUGACCCCGGGACUGGUUGAUGCCGGCCUACGCCGCCGUCGCGAGAGUCUCCGCACUCUGCGGCUACUGCAACGCCAGCUCGCGAAGCAGGAAUUCUACGAAUGCCAGAACUCUAGCCCCGCACCCAAGGACGCGGACUGCCAGGCCAUAGUAAGCCAGGUGCAGAGCACGAAGCAGACGCUGGUGGUGCAGACGAACGCCUGCCUCACCUUCAGCUACCAGACGUGCCUGGGCUACUUCUGCUCGCUGUGCGACACGCUGGCGACCACGACCGACUUCAUCGGCAGCCAGCUGGACUCGGUCGAGUUCCUGUGCGUCUCCGACGGCAAGGCCGGAACCAUCGUCGGCCAGGACUCGCCGCAGUGGGACGUGGGCUUCGUGCGUGCCGGCAACGACAUCCCGACGUACGACGUGUGCUGAGGGUUAGGGUCCCGGGACGGUCGGGUGGGCCGAGCUGGUGAAAGCCGGCCUGGCAUGGGCUGAAAAAAGUUGUAGGACUGCUUUGCCAAUCCAACUUCUGUCUUGAUCUUUGGCGUGCGGAGAUAUGGCUAUCUGGGAUGGGAAGGUUUGCUUGUCGAAUAUAUGUAUCGGUAGUCCCCCAUGGCUUUUCUUUCUGCUGGUUUCAAUGUAGGCAGGAACGUUUCCCAUAGGCCCAGGACCCUUAUUCAACAUAUUCGGUCCCGGGCCAAGCAAUUAAAUCCUAUCUAUGGUGGUGCCUGACCAAUGGUUUUCUGCAUCGCGCUGCCGGU